ACUAGACUUUUCCUUCAUACAGUCUCCCUCCUCUCUCUCUCUCUCUCUAAAAAGAAGAAAAUACACUCCUCUCUCUCUCUCUCUUUCUCUCACUAGAUUUGGUAUUUCGGGUGGGUAGAAGAUCGACGAUGGCUAGUUUGCUAGACAAGGCGAAGAACUUCGUGGCGGAGAAAUUGGGCGUCGUGGCGAAGCCGGAGGCUGAGGUGAUCGACGUGGAUCUGAAAGACUUGAGCCGCGAGUGCAUCACCUACCAAGCUAAGGUCUCCGUUACCAAUCCCUACAGUGUUUCCAUUCCCAUUUGCCAGCUCUCUUACUCCCUCAAAAGUAACGGCAGGGAGAUUGCAUCUGGAACAAUGCCGGAUCCGGGGUCCCUGAAUGGGAAUGAGACGACAAUGUUGGACGUGCUAUUGGAGGUGCCACACGAUGUGUUGGUGACCUUGGUGAAAGACAUAGGUGCGGAUUGGGACAUCGACUAUGAGUUGGAAUUGCGUCUCACCAUCGACCUUCCGGUGAUCGGAGAUUUCACCAUUCCUUUCUCCAACAAGGGCGCGGUCAAGCUCCCUACUCUCUCCGACUUGUUUACUUAGUAACUGAAACCAUUUACAUUUCUCUCAGGUAAAACUUGGUUGUUAAUGUCUUAAUUUCUACCUGUGGUCUCGCUUGAAUGAUGUGUACAAUAAAAAUAGCCAGGGCGUUUGAGGAAUUUUGAAUCCAUAUAUGAGAUUAUAGGAUCUGUUUCAAGUCCUGUUUGUGAUCAAUCAACAAGUAUUUAUGUUCUUAUGUUUAUUAUCUAUAAUGAGCAUUGAACACCGUCAAUUUAGUGUUUAA